AUGGGGAAACGAUCAAAGAAGCUGAAAGCAUCCUCGGACGACGGCACGCGUCGAAUAGGAGACAUAUUCCUGGCGAGGCCUAAAACCAAAAUGGACGAAGACCCACUGGACUCCCCAGAUGCCAUACCUGAGGCAGAUGACCCUUUCAACACCGUGCAAUUAGGGAACCUGCGGGGCUCCCGCAACGAAGGGAGACAUCCUGGGCCUUCUGAAACACCUGCGCACAUGGUUCCGCACGGAUAUGGCGCUGCUCCGUGA